AUGUCUUCUCAAGCCCCUAACCUCAAAUCCCAUCCUCCUCCCGUGCCAGACACGGACGUCACCUUCCCACGCCCCCACAUCCUUCAAAUCACCCUUAAUAGGCCCCGCCACCUCAACUCCAUCUACUCGGAGCUCCAUCACGCUCUCGCGCGUCUGUAUGAGUGGUACGACGCGGAGCCAUCCCUCCGGUGUGCCGUACUCACCGGCACGGGGCGCGCCUUUUGCGCUGGCGCGGACCUGAAGGAAUGGAAUGUGCGGAACGCCUCCGCCAACUCUGUGGCACAGUCCUCGGUCACUACGGGCACGGGUGCGGGCGCAGCUACGGCCGCUCCACCGCCCCCCGUCAUGUCCUCGAAUGCUGACUCCAACAUGAGGCCCGCAGGUUUCGGCGGUCUGUCAAACAGGGGCGGGAAGAAGCCCGUCAUCGUGGCCGUCAACGGGCUCUGCUUGGGUGGCGGAAUGGAGAUGAUCAUCAAUGCGGACCUUGUAUACGCUUCCACCAAGGCUAAGUUUGGGUUACCGGAGGUCACUAUCGGCGUCGUCGCCAUUGCGGGUGCCCUGCCACGGCUCAUCAAGGCUGUCGGCCGCCAGCGCGCGACCGAGAUGGCGUUGAUUGGACGGUCGGACUACACCCCUGAACAGAUGCUGUCGUGGGGCCUUGUGAAUCAAGUCGUGGAGCCUGAAAGGCUGUUGGAUACCGCGCUGUCUGCCGCAGAGGCAAUUGCUAGGAACUCGCCUGAUUCUGUCAUCGUGUCGCGCGAAGGACUUAAGACUGGAUGGGAGCCGCUGGGACCCGAGGAGGCUACCGCCAUGAUCGACCGCACGAUAUACCGCAAGAUGGAGGCUGGCGAGAACAUGACGGAGGGUGUCAAAAGUUUUGUCGAAAAGAGAAAGCCGGUUUGGAAGGAGAGCAAGUUGUAA